AUGAAAGUCCUAACCCUAAACUUCCUCACCUGCGCCGUCAAAGCCUGCAAAUCCAGCACCGCUUCCUUCCCCCUCCACCCCAAAGACUGCGAGCUGGUAUCAGACACAAUCGAAGCGAAUCCGGCGCUGAUAUACAAUAUUCUGCCCAGAGUUGAUUGGGCUGCUCUGAUGACUACUGCCUCCGAGCUAGGAUUCCCAACACUCCCCGCCCAAGCCCCCACGAAAGAAGAGCUCGAGGCAGACGAGAAGAUGAUGGGGGAACUACACACGCUGUUGCUGGAGACGCAGAUUAGUGAGGGGAUGUUGCGGUGUGGAAAUUGUGGGCAUGAGUAUAGGGUCAAGGAGGGGAUUGCGAAUUUCUUGCUGCCGAAUCACUUAGUUUGA